AUGGCUUCGCGUGCAUCCACUUACGGUCCAUCAUCCGUCGGUUCUGGUCUCACUCCCGGAGUUCCUAGAUGGGAUCAGACGCCUUCUCCCCUGUACCCCUUGACUCAUCGUUCGGCUGCGAAGGAAAAUGAUCCUGUGGCGCCCGGUGCGGACCUUACAGUCGCUUCUGUCCGGAGACAUGUCAAGCAUCGUAUGAACGCCGCAAAGGUAGCUUGUGAUACCACUUUGCAGAGAACUAUCGAUGCCAUGACGAGAUAUGCAGAUGAACAACGACGUUUGGCAGAUGAAGAACAGAUGCGUUAUGCUGAAGAAUUAAAUCAAGAUCAGCCAAGAGAUUAUUUCGAGGCUGUACACGAUUCCCCACUUAUCGAUUUGGAGGAUAGUGAUUUAGAAGCCACCGAUAAAUUCGAGCUGGGUUCGUCUCGCGGAGUAUCCGGUUCUAGAGGUCCAACCUUCCUUACCGCCUUGCAAGAACUCAUCGUCAUCGCCACCUACGUCCUAGACUUGAGUGUCAAUACACUGAUUUCAAAACCAUCCAUCUGUAGAGAGAUUGUCCCCAAAUUGCAAGCUGUCGGCCAACAUUGGGACGAACGAGAUGACUGGCCAGGGAGGGAGUGGUAUGUCGAUAUCUUGAUGGCUGUGGCAAAUCUGGGUCGGGUGCUUGAUUGGUGGGAGGCUGAAAAGGGUUUCUGGAACUUUGACAAUGAAGAUGAGAAUGAACCACUCGUUUUUGUAUUGAAACCAACGAGAGAAGAGUCAAAAUUCGAUCAGGAAUUCAGAGCUGCUCUGAGCAACAAAGUCUCGCCAGUCUCAUCCACCGUUCCAGAACCGACAUCAGCGAUUAGUCUCGAGUUACCUUCACCUGCCGGUUGGUCUGGCUCCGGUACGUACACUGGUAAGACGGCAGUAGGACCGGUAGCAGGUACACCGAAGGCGCAAGCUGUGGAAGAUUUACGUUUCUUGGCGGAACAUGCUAAGAGUGUCAAUAUUGUCAUGGAGUUGAGUUUGCAGGGCGAAGAAAUCAUGUAUGUCAACGAUGCCAUCAUGGAAGUUACUGGACAAGAUCCUGAAGAUGUUUUGUACAAAAAUAUAACCGACCUGGUGGCUCCCGCCGAUUCUUCCACCUUCGCCGAAGCGUCCCGACGAUUGAUAGAGGACGAUAAUAACACUGUUCAACUCCGCGUCCGAUUUGAGGCUCACAAUCUGUCCGACGAGGAUAACGAAAGACAACUCGGACCUAUAUAUGUGGAGUUGGAAGGCGUCGGAAUGCUCAUUCGCGAGAACAAUGAGCCAUCGCAUACGAUGUGGGUUCUCAAACCCGUUGCUGCCACACAAGUCGAUCGAAUAGCCCAGGCUGGAAUUCAAGACAGUAUCCUGUUAUCCAACGAGAAUGUGCUUUGUCGGAUAUGUGAAAGAGAAAUCGUUAUUUGGUUCUUUGAGAAACACAACGAAACUUGUGAUGCGGUACAUCGGUUGGAGGCGGAGAUUUCAGCUACCAACGAAUGUCUUCAUGAUCUUCUACAAACGAUUACGGAGUUGAAGGAAGAUAUAGACGAGACAAUGGACAAGGGUCAGCCAGCUCAAUAUCAAGGCGUUUUGUUCUUCUCUCUACCUGAGUCGGUCUCUCCUGGCGAUUCUCCCACUUCGGGACCACAUGGUGUUGAAGUUCGUAAAGCUGUCGAUGCUCAUCUGGAAGAUGUCAUAGAUGUACUUUCUAUCGCUGAGAAAAUCGACACGCCUUCCGUCCAGGAGAACGAAGCGGAUCUCGAUUUCAACCUCCAACGGUAUCUUCCCAAAGAAGAUGAAGACAAACUCGCCUUGGUGAUGAGAUGGCAAAGACCUCCGACUCAAGAUCGAGGAUUGUCUUUACUGUUCAACCAUGUGGAAGAACAAUUACGUCGGAAGCAAAAGACGAUAGCGAGGAUGCAAAGCACCAUUCGAUAUUCGGAGAAGACAAGACAUGAAUGGGAAGAUAAGGUCAACCAGCAUUUGGCAAGUUUGCAAGAAGGCAGCGGUUCAGAUACGGGGUCGAAUAGUUCUGGUACGACUUCACCAGUGGAACAAGGUCUUGACGUAUCUCCACCGACUCAACGAAAGAUUGCUCCACAAGCUCGUCUACCUAUAACCCAAGGUCAUCCUCAACGGCCAACUACUGCCGGAGGCGAAACUAUCAUCGCAGCGACGGCACCAACAACUCCAGCAAUAGCUCCUGUAUCCGCACCGGCUCCAUUGAUUCCAUCACCUACUUUACCAGUACUCCCUGCCUCGGCCCCACCUCACCCUGUACCUUCUCAAUCCGAAUUUCUCGCUCCUAAGUUACCUGUCAACAAAAUUCCUGCUCCUCUUCAAAUCCCUGCCGAACAUAUGAGACACGCUCGACGUGUCUCUACCUCCAAGCCAUUGGCGACCGCUCCUCUCUCCCCACGUAUCCCAUCUGCCGCUCUACAGGUCCGCCCCAAUCCCCAAUCGAUCAAAGAUUUCGAGGUUAUCAAACCUAUCAGUCGUGGUGCCUUCGGACACGUAUAUCUUGCAAAGAAGAAGACUACGGGAGAUUACUACGCCAUCAAAGCGUUGAAGAAGUCAGACAUGAUCGCCAAGAAUCAAAUCACCAAUGUCAAAGCUGAACGUACGAUUCUGAUGAAUCAAGCUACUUCGCCAUAUGUUGUCAAGCUCUUCUUUUCGUUUCAAAGCAAAGAUUAUUUGUACCUUGUCAUGGAGUAUCUCAAUGGUGGUGACUGUGCUACUCUGAUCAAACAACUGGGCGGAAUCCCAGAGGAAUGGGCGAGAAAUUACAUUGCCGAGGUCACUCUUGGACUGGAAUACCUACACGCCAGGAACAUCGUUCAUCGUGAUAUUAAACCCGACAAUUUACUCAUUGACUCUUGUGGACAUCUCAAACUCACCGAUUUUGGUCUGUCAAAGAUCGGUCUUCUCAAUCGUCAAGUCGGUGGUACUCGACCGCGUUUCCGACGAGGCUCUUCCCUGAGAAAUCUUCAAGCGAGAAAACCUUUUGGGAGGUCGGCCUCGACCUCUUCCAACGAUUCUUCCAUGUUAUCCCCUGAACUCAUCCCGGCCAUCCCCUCUAAUUUGAGCCACUCUUAUUUUGGAAUGACCGAGCUCGGUUCCGCUGAUGAAUCGAGUGAGUCGGAAUCUGCCGGUAUUGUCACUGAACAUAUGCGUCAGGUAAACUUGUCACAUCGAAACUCUUCCGCCACAGGUACUCCCUCAGCGGUAGGUCGAGGAAAUCAUCGAUUCGUCGGAACACCCGAUUACCUCGCUCCGGAGAGUAUACUCGGUAUCGGAACUGAUGACCGGAUGGUAGAUUGGUGGGCAUUAGGCGUGGUGUUAUACGAAUUCAUAUAUGGUUUCCCACCUUUUCACGCAGACACACCUGAAAAGGUGUUUGAUAACGUCGUUUCUCGUCGUAUCGAUUGGCACGAGACCGAAGUCGAAGUGUCACCCGCCUGUUUGGAUCUCAUGAAUCGUCUCAUGUGUUCCGAUCCCAGUCGACGCCUAGGAGCGAAAGGAGCUGAAGAAGUCAAACGACAUCCAUUUUUCGAAGGAAUCAAUUGGGAAACAGUCACAACUUCCCGAGCUAGUUUCAUUCCUGAGAUCACAGAUCCAGAAUCUACCGACUACUUUGAUCCUAGAGGUGCAUUGCAAGGUUUCCAUGAUGACGAUCCCGUUCCCCAAGUGCUAAAACGGGAAGAUCCGGUUCAUCCCGAAUCAAGUCCGGAAAUGUCGGCGGUGAUGACUGAUUUGGCGAACAUUGACGAUUUUGGAGCUUUCAACUUCAAGAACUAUCCCGUAUUGAAACAAGCCAAUGACGAUGUCAUACGAAAACUUCGUGUUGAUUCCCUUGCUCCCUUGAGUCAAGCACUCGAUUCACCUCAAGGUUCUAUGAAACGGUUAGGCAGUUUGUCAGCUAGAGUUCAUCAAAAACAACUACGGAAAUCUUCAGAUGUACCGCAUGAAGGACCUCCCUCACCAUCAGAAUCAACAUCAUCUACCGCUUCUACUCCAUCAAGAGCCAGUGGUCCUCCUUCCACUCCUAGUUCCGCACCGGUACUUCCGCAACAUUACAGAAGACCUUCAGAACUCAACGCGUUGGAUAGGGUGAGAUCGGAAGAUAAUGAAAUGUUGAGACGUAAAUCCGCUCCUUCAAGAGUGAGAGCAGGUUCAGGAAGUAGUAUGAGUGAUAGGAGUACAAGUAUGGAAUUGUGGCGUCAAAGAAGACAGGCUUCUUUACAAUCUGAACCACCUCAGGCUGGGGUGGGUCUUCCUGCCGAUAGUCCGGAGCUACGUCCCACAUUAGUUGGAUUGGACAGAACAUUGGACGUUUUGAUUGCGGAAGAUAACCCAAUAUCGCAAAAGAUCUUAGAGACGUUGCUUACGAGGAUGGGGUGUAGAUGCAUUUGUGUGGAGGAUGGUUCGCAAGCUUUGGCAGCGACCAUGGGGUCUAUUCGAUUUGACGUGAUCAUUUGUGAUAUUCAUAUGCCAGUGGUCACUGGUGAACAAGUGGCACGUAUGAUCCGAUCGACCAAUAAUCCCAAUCAUAACACCCCUAUCAUCGCUGCUACAUCGUACGAACAACAUCAAUCCAUAACCGAAGAAGGAACUCUCUUCUCUGCUGUUUUAGCCAAACCAGUUCAAAAAGUCGACCUCAUUAAAUGUCUCGGAAAACUCGGUUUCGUCCUUUCCUCCUCUGGACGGAGAGACAGUCUCUCGUCCGGCUCUGCAACAAAUUCAACAUCAUGA